UUCAACGAUGACCAGAUUCCUUUUUGGAUUAGUAAUAAGUGCGUGGCGGGAAGCAGAUGCUAUCCCCUUGGUCAGCUUAGAGCGGUUAUAAAUUUUUCGCGUUUUUGUUCCAGAGUAUGUUGGCUUUCGGAGGAUAGUUUUGGGAUAUUGAGCUUAAGACAAAUAUCCUCAAAAAUACAAGUCCUUCGCCUAACAGCAUCGUCAAUGAUGGUUAUAUCCAGAACCAACUCCACCCUUAUCACUCAGGGCUAUAUGAUCGACACUUACAAUCCGAAUCAUUUUUUCCUCAAUCUCUUCAAAAAUCUCAUGAUUUUCAACGACCCGCUCAAAACCGCCAAGGAAUUUUCCCUGCGCUUGUUCCGGUGAGUAGUUCAUGUCUGCUUUUUAAUCUGUUAAUUGUUUCUUAAUAAGAUUUUCUUUCUCAACCAUCUCCAGCUUGGCUUGAUUAUCACAUUAGUGGCAACAUUGGUUACGGCUGUGGUCACUGAUUUUGUGAAUAGCGAGAACAAUCGAAUAUUUCUCGAAUCUCAAGCUGCUAUCAACAUCAAUCCAAUAGCCUCGCCCGUUUUUAUGCCCCCAAUAAUUCCAACGACAAGCGUCACUGUUCGUGUGAGUGACAUCGGAACCGUGGCAGGAGGACAGAUUUCUGGAAGGAGUGUAAGGUUCAUCCCGCAAUCCGGAACUUCCGGCGUUAUCACUGGAACUACCAACGCCAACGGAGAAUUCACUACCCCAGUUCCCAUUGGAAUACCGUAUGUGGUCGAAGUAGGAGGCAUAGGUCUAAUUACAUCUAGGCGAACAAUCGCAUCAACUAUCUCUGGUUCUACAAUUGUUAUGCCGAUUUCCAGUGUUUUAGACGCAAAUACCGUCGUUGCAGUCUUGACGUGGACCAGUACAAUCAAUGACCUUGAUUUGGCCGCUUUAACUACCACAUGCGAUUGCUUGCUUAAUUUUGCUGGAACCAAUUGCGACAGCGGAACAAAAAUGAGAGAUCGACCAUAUUAUGGGUACCAACUUAGCUUUUUCAAUGUGAAUUGCAUAGCAUACAGGACAAGUCUGUCGUCCAGUGCAUGGACCACAAAACUGAAGGCAUUAUUAGCCGGAGGUCUCUAUGUAUGUUUUUGUUCGCCGGGUUCUCUUACAUCAACUUUAACCGAGGACACGGCUUUGGGGACGGAUGGAAUUGAGAUCUUGACAAUAGAGGGCGCCGCUGGAAACUUCUUAGUCUUUGUGAACAAUCCCGAGGAAGAACCUAAUUUCGAGGCUACCGGAGCGGUUGUCACUGUUUUUAGUGGUUCAACAUCCACGUCCACGAAUGUUCCAACCAACUCGGCAAGUCCUAUCAACCUGUUUUGGUUGGCUGGUGAAUUCUCAACUACUUCAGCAAUGUUCGAUCCAUCCAACGCUGAUUUAAUGGCCAUGGAUUUGGGAACUUGCGCAAACAUAAUCACAACAAACUAUGGUUAAUUAUGAAUUGAUAUGGAAUUUUUGUUCGAAUAGAGAACAAGGAGGCAAUAUACCAAUUCGAAGAAA